AUGUAUGCUAUUUAUAAUCUCAAAUGUUCAUUUGCUUUGUCGGUACAUUCAUGUGAUGCUUUCUUUAAAAAGUUUCCGCUCUUUGUGUCUCCCAUUCAGAGAAUCUCUUCGAUUCACUUCUACUUUGAUUUUAAUCAGUUCUUUGUAUUAACGAUUAUACACGUUUAUUAUAAAUUAUUUAUUUGUUCAUCUAUUUACACCGAAUCGAAAAGAGUACCGAUGGCGAAUGGCGCCUUUCAGAGGUAUGGCCAGCAAACCCCAUGAGGCAGAGAAAUGUGGUACUACGGCAUCGGCCAGUGCGACAUUACGGGCUGCCGACCAUCGAACAGUAUCCACCAGUUGAAUAGCCGCUGCUGCGCGGUUUGCUACGAAAAGGCGUCCUUCUACUACAAGUAUUUGUGUGAUGGGGCCAACGACGGCGAACGCUAGCAUAUCGGUAUAGCUUUCAGAAAGACGAUACUGUAACUCGGUCCACUGCCCAACUGGAGUGAGCUCGUACAGUGAAGAAAAUAUUUUGUUCUGUAGCCGUUGAAAAGGAUAGGGCUGCUCGGUCGUGAUCUCUCCACAUACACAAAGGUAGAUAUAGUCUGUAUGAGCGAUGCUAAGGCGUUCGCUGAUCACCGUCUCGUUCCUCAUCCAUUUUGGACCUGA